GCUCCGAGCCACAUGCACUCUCCCGGGACUGCUCAGUGAUUCUCUCCCGGGCCGCCUCCUCUCGCACCUCACCGACAUGGCGCCCCUGUCCCUGUCCCUGUCCUCCCUCCUCAGACACCGGGAGUGUCUCCACAGGACGGCUGUCUUCUGUAGCGUCCUGCAGGGCUCACACCAGCGGUCCUUCUCCUCCAGCUCCCGCUCAUGGAGACGGAGUUUCGGCUCGGUCCAGCUCCUGUCACCGCAGCAGCUGCAGCAUGGAGCAUCAGUGUGUCGCAGCAGCUCCUCUUCACACGGCCAGGACAUGACGGAGAGACUGUGGUCUGUUUACAAUCAGACCAAGAAGCAGACGGAAGAUUUGAUCCCAGCCAUUUGCGCCAACUCCGUCAAUCCCGACACCAUUUUUGCAAACAACGAGAUGAGCCUGAGAGACAUCGAGAUCUACGGCUUCGACUAUGACUAUACCCUCGCCUUCUACUCCAGCCACCUCCACACCCUGAUUUUCAACAUAGCCCGGGACAUUCUAAUCACUAACCACAGGUAUCCAGAGGGUCUGCGGAAGUACGAGUAUAUUCCAAAUUUUGCAGUGAGAGGACUUCACUAUGAUGUACAAAAGGCGCUGCUGAUGAAAAUAGAUGCUUUUCACUACAUCCAGCAGGGAACUGUAUACAGAGGUCUUCAUCCAGUUUCUGAUGAGGAAGUAAUUGCCAUGUAUGAAGGUUGCCACGUACCUCUAGAGAUCAUGAGCGACUUCUAUGGAAAGAGCUCCCACGGCCACACCAUGAAACAGUUCAUGGACAUCUUCUCCCUGCCUGAGAUGAACCUCCUGUCCUGCGUCAAUGACUUCUUCAUGAGGCACAACAUCGACUACGAGCCAGUCCAUCUCUACAAAGACGUGAAGGAAGCCAUUAGAGAUGUUCACGUCAAGGGCAUUAUGUACCGAGCUGUGGAGGCAGAUAUUGGUAAAUACAUUUGCUAUGCUGAGCAAAGCAAUGCUGUGCUGAAGAAGCUGUCAGAGAGUGGAAAGAAAAUGUUCCUCAUCACCAACAGUCCUUUUGACUUUGUGGACCGAGGAAUGAACUUCAUUGUAGGGAAGGACUGGAGGGACCUGUUUGAUGUUGUUAUUGUUCAGGCCGACAAACCCAGUUUCUUCAACGACAGGAGAAAACCUUUCAGGCGAGUGACAGACCAAGGUGCGUUGCUGUGGGACAGGAUUCACAAGCUGGAAAAAGGACAGAUCUACAAACAGGGAAACCUUUAUGAGUUCCUGAGACUUACCGGCUGGAGAGGAUCCAAAGUGCUGUACUUUGGUGAUCACAUCUACAGCGACUUGGCAGAUCUAACACUGAAACAUGGCUGGAGAACCGGUGCCAUCAUCCCUGAGCUGAGGAAAGAGAUCAAGAUAAUGAACACAGAGGAGUAUGUGCACAUGAUGACCUGGUUACAGGCACUGACUGGACUCAUCGAGCAGAUGCAGGUGCACAGGGAUCCGGCGUCUCAAGCUGUCGUUGAGGAGUGGAUCAGGGAAAGAGAGGCCAUGAGGCCACAGACGAAGGACAGCUUCAACCCCCAGUUUGGGAGUCUUUUCCGCACUUACCACAACCCCACGUACUUCUCACGCCGACUGUCGCGCUUUGCCGACAUCUACAUGGCCUCCAUCAGCUGCCUGCUCAACUACGACUUCCAGCACACCUUCUUCCCCCGUCGUAAUCCUCUGCAGCACGAGUCCCCCUUCUGGCCUGAGGCCAUCCUGAAGGUCUGAGCGUCUCCGCGCUGCACCACAGGACCAAAGCAGCGUCUGAUUAGAGAGAAACAGAGAGAGAGAGAAGAAGAGAUUGUUUAAAAAAUGUACAGGAAUGAAGGAUUUUUAUUGCUGAUUUUAAACAACUUGAAAUAAGGUAUUGUAGAAGAUGCAUGCCACAUUUUAGGUCAUGCAUAAUUGCUUACAAUCACAUUAAGUGUUGAUGUUUAUUACGUUAGAGCUGGUAAGUUUUCUUUAUUUUCACAGAAUUGAGUUGCUUUUAAGCCAAAUGACACAACACAGAAUGUAAAGCUUCACUUUAAUAUGCAUAUAUAGGUUAUUUUGAAGGCACUGAUUGUGUGCGUGUGCGUGUGCGUGUGCGUGCGCAUUGACCUUGUCAGGACCAGUAGACCUCAUGGGGACAUAUACCUGGUCCUAAUGAGGCAAAAUUUAUUUUCUGAGCUCCUGGUGAAGGUCAGUGUCAGAUGUGAAUUGUGGUUGGUUAAAAAGGUUUGAGUUAGUCAUGAAUUGCUCCUGGUUAGGGAUAAGGUUCUGGUUUGGCUAUCCACACAUAGAAUGGAAGUCAAUACAAAGUCCUCAUAAGGAUAGCUGUGCAAACCUGUGAGUGUGUUGUGUAUGGGAGAGAGCGAUUUUGGUGCAAGAUUAUACGAAUAUAAUGCAAAAGUUUAAACAAUAGGGGGCAGUCAUACAUCAAGUCUGUCAUGCUGUGAAUUCUUCACCAUCUGUAAACAUUAUCUUUGCCUUUUUUAUCCUAACUGGAAAACUGAGAUAUGACAUCUGAUUUACAAACUCUGUUGCCUUAAUCUCAUGCUCACGUUACUGCCGUGUAUAUAUUUUUGUAACAGCCUGAUAUUAUUUCUGUCAAGCCUUUAGGUUAAUUUCACCUUGAGUUGAGAUCUUGUGAUGUCUGAUUUUUUCUCUUGUUUUAGUAAUAUUUGGCACUGCCUGUAUGUCUCUCCGAAGCAAAUGAGAGAUGUUAAUAUUAGUCAGGAGAAAAUAGAGUGCCGUUGCUAUAUUUAGCACGUGUGUUGCUAUUUGAUCUGUGCAGAGUUUCGAGGAUUUGUCUCCUCUUCUUUUUUUCAGAAAAUAUGUUAACUGCUCUCACACAUGCUAGAAUCUACAGUUGAACAAGUUAAAAAGGGAAAGUAAAUGCAUCUCCACCAGUGACCACACAAUACCUCAUGGUUGAUUUUAUUCAUUUGAUUGUGUUGUGUUUGUCCUGAUGUGAAUUUUUAUUUCAUUAUUUAUUAAAAUGGAAAUGGCUUAAUGAU